GGAUUAUACUAACAGAUACAGUGUCCAAAAGCAGGGUAAAUGUGUAAAUACAUCUGCGAAAGAAAUUGAACAAGUACUGGGCAUGUACUUCAAAAUGGGCCUUGUUGAGAUGCCUUCAAUACGGAUGUACUGGGAAAAAGAAACCAGAUACCCUCCAGUUACAGAAGUUAUGAGCAGGAAUAGAUUCCAGCUACUUCUUUCUCUGAUUCAUUUUGUGGACAAUGAAACUGUGUCAGAGGAAACCAAGAAAGAUCGCCUUUGGAAAAUUCGACCAUUUCUGGACAUGUUCCGAGCUCGGUGCCUUCAGACUACCCCUGCAGAACAUCAGUCCAUUGAUGAAAUGAUGGUACCCUACAAAGGCAAAUUUGGGAAUAUUCGGCAGUAUGUAAGGGGUAAGCCGCAUCCAUGGGGCUUCAAAGUAUGGGCUAGAUGCUCUGUGCAUGGAAUCCUUCAUGACUUUGAUGUUUAUCAGGGAAAAGGUGGAGAUAAAGGAGCGAAUGUGUUUGGCAUUGGAGGAGAUGUUGUUGUAAAACUGUGUAAAACUCUUCCUAAAGAUGUAGGGCACAAGAUAUAUGCUGAUAAUUUCUUCACCUCAGUUGAACUGAUAGAGAAAUUGUCAGAAGACGGAUUCCUUUACGCUGGGACAGUGAGAAAGAACCGUCUCGCAAAGUGCAAUGUCUUGGAGGAAAAUGCCCUGAAGAAGAAAGGACGAGGAUCACAUGAUUUUAGAGUAGAAUCAAAGACCAAUACCGUGUGUGUUAGAUGGCAGGAUUCCAAAGCAGUAACCCUCAUGUCAAACUAUGCUGGUCCUGAGCCUAUGGACAAAGCCCGUCGCUGGGACAAGAGCAAGAAAGACUACACCAACGUUGACCGCCCAUACAUCAUCAGAGAAUACAAUACUCACAUGGGUGGUGUGGAUAUGCUGGAUGCACACAUCUCCCGAUGUAAGUAUUCCAUUCGAACGCGGAGAUGGUAUCUUAUACUCUUCUGGCAUUUUACCAGUAUUGGCGUAAUCAAUGCAUGGCUGCUGUACAAACGUGACUGUUCCCUACUGGGAAUCACAGGCAAGAGUGUGAUGAAGCUGCGCCAAUUCCAGUCCAAGGUUGCACAAGCACUGAUUGAGCGUGGAACCACCAGAAAGUCGGGUAGACCAUCCCUUGGUGAGGAAACAUCGCCCAAACCCCCUAAGAUAAUCCGUGUCGAGCCAUGUGAAGAUGCACGUUUCGACCAAAUUGCACACUGGCCAGUAAAAAGAGACAAGCGUCGUCGCUGUGCAGUUUGCAAAACCAUCAAAACUGAUACGUGUUGUGAGAGAUGUGAUGUUCCUCUGUGUUUCAACGAGCGCAGAAAUUGCUACAAACUGUAUCAUAUAAAGUAGUAGUAUAGUAAC